AUGAGGGUAAGUCUUUCUAGUCUCGACAGUUUCAAGGAAGCAUCGAGUUCUGGGGACUCCUUGGAGGCAGCGUCUGCGGUUCUUCAUCCUGAGGAAAACUGUUCUUGCUUACAAAUGUCUGCUACUGAGAAGCUCCGCGAAGAGACUGUCUCUCCUCACCCUUCCUCUGUGGAUAUACCUCUUCAAGAGAGCCCUGAUUCUUCCAUCAAUCCUGAACUAAAGCUGUCUAGUCCUGAGGCUGACGAGGGCCCUGAAGAGGAGAACAAGGUCCCCCCCAGGAAGCAGAAGAUGCGGACUGUGUUCUCUCAGGCCCAGUUGUGUGUACUCAAGGACAGGUUUCAGAGACAGAGAUACCUCAGCCUCCAGCAGAUGCAAGAACUCUCUACCAUUCUGAACCUUAGCUAUAAGCAGGUUAAGACCUGGUUCCAAAACCAAAGGAUGAAGUGCAAGCGUUGGCAGAAUAACCAAUGGUUGAAGACUAGCAACGGUCUGACUCAGAUGGGCUCAGCACCAGUGGCAUAUCCCAGCAUCCGUUGCAGCUGUCCCCAGGGCUAUCUGGUGAACCCAUCUGGAAGCCUUCCAGUGUGGGACAGCCAGACCUGGACCAACCCAACUUCGAGCAAUCAGGCCUGGACCAACCCAACUUGGAGCAAUCAGGCCUGGACCACCCAGUCAUGGUGUACUCAAGCCUGGAGCAGCCAGACUUGGAAUGCUGCUCCGCUCCAUAACUUUGGGGAGGACUCUCUGCAGCCUUAUGUACAGUUGCAGCAAAACUUCUCUGCCAGUGAUUUGGAGGCAAAUUUGGAAGGCACUAGGGAAAAUGCACAUUUAAGCACCUCGCAAGCCUUGGAAUUAUUCCUGAACUACUCUGAGAAUCCACCAGGAGAAAUAUGA